CUCAUCAUCAUCAUUAGUGUAUUACACACACACACACACGCACACACCGGAGUGUAACAGCUGCCGGUGCAUUUCACCGGGAAACGAGUUUGCGUUUGUAAUUUAAUAUAAGCACGUACAUGCGUUUAUAUAUUUAUAUAUAGUCUACUCACAUGCGUGUAUCUUGAUUAAACUCGCGCUUCCGCAUCGAAGCGCCGCGCGUCACACGCCUGCGGAAAACACAACAUAAGAUGAACAUAUGCGUGAACAUCACACUCAUCUGAUCUGAAUCACGGAACCGAUACCGCAGAUUCGUGUCAGAGGAGAGGCGAACCGAAACCGCCCGUGCGUUUAAUGCGCGUCUCUUCUGCACCGUUUUAAACAUCACGGGACGCGACGCGCGUCGGUCUCCUAUCAGCGGCUGCGGGAAAUAAGAAAAUAAAAGAAAACUUUAUAAGAAGUUCGUGAGGAGGAAGAAGAAGAUGAUGUCCAGGGAAGAGGUGCUGAUCCCGGAUGACCGAGCCUUCAGCAGGUUCAAACAGGAGUGUCAGUGUGAUGAGGGCUGGAGUCUCACCUACAACAAAAACAACAUCUGCGUCUGGAUCCAGGUGCUGGAAGAAGAGAAGAGUUUACACAAGAUAAAGUGUCGUAUGCUGUCUAAGGACGUCUCAGCCGAGACUAUGUAUGACGUGCUGCACGACAUCGAGUAUCGGCGGAAAUGGGACACAAAUGUCAUUGAGACGUUUGACAUCGGCAAACUGACCGUCAAUGCAGAUGUGGGCUAUUAUUCCUGGAAGUGCCCUAAACCUCUGAAGAACCGUGAUGUCAUCACUCUGCGCUCCUGGCUGGCACUGGGAAAUGAUUACAUCAUCAUGAAUUACUCUGUCAAACAUGCCAAAUAUCCUCCCAAGAAAGAUCUAGUGCGAGCCAUCUCCAUUCAGACGGGUUACCUGAUCCAACAGACCAGCCCGACCAGCUGCACGUUAACAUACCUGGCACAGGUGGACCCGAGAGGUUCACUUCCAAAGUGGGUUGUUAACAAGUCUUCCCAGUUUCUGGCACCCAAAGCGAUGAAGCGCAUCAGUAAAGCGUGUCUUUGGUAUCCUGAGUGGAAGCAGAAACACAGUCCGGGUUUUAAGCCGUGGUUGUUCCCGGAGCAGAACCCUCUGUCCAGCAUCCGUCUGUCUGAGCUCUCCAUCCAACAUGCCGAUUCCCUGGAGAACAUUGACGAGAGCACGCUGAGCGAGAGCAGAGAUGAGCGUGCUGAACACAGCGAUGAAGACGCACCCAACUGACACAAACAUGUGCAACCAUGCAACACACUCACUCACACACGGUUAAAUUUGGAGUUAAGUUAUCACAAGACACAUACACACAUGUGGCCAGUUUAUAGCCCUUAAAAAACACCAAAUAUGCGCACACACAAACACACACACACACACACCGCUGACCGGUUUUUGGUCAGUUUCCUGUCAGAUCAGCACAUUUAAGAGCUAAAUUCAGAUUCAGUUGGGCAGAUGUAAAUGAAAGGAUGAUUUUCGGCUCUUUCCUGCUCCACAGAUUGACCUCUGACCUUAUGUAAGCAUGCAGUUUGUCUCCAGACACACAGAGGGUGCUGUGAACACACUGAACCACUGAGUUGACAUGUUCUACGACACUAGAGGUCAAUGUAUGAAAGUAGAAAUGAAGAAUAAUAAAACAAAUUCCUGCCUGUG